CUUAAACCUCUGGUGGUUUUGUCGGGAGAGGCUGAAACGGCCGACUCCUCGUAUUCGUAAGCAAGAUCAUAGAUGGAGAUAAGUUUGGGAAGGCUUGCUUUUGAUUUAGAUUUUCAUCCCUCGUCGGAACUCGUUUCCGCCGGACUCAUCAGCGGUGACCUUCACCUCUACCGUUACGGUGCUAAUGCCUUGCCUCAAAGGCUUUUGGAAGUUCGCGCGCACACCGAGUCUUGCAGGGCUGUUAGAUUCAUCGACGGCGGGCGUGCAAUUGCGACGUGCUCUCCGGACCGGUCAAUUCUCGCUACGGAUGUGGAGACUGGAUCACCGAUUGCUCGUCUUGAAGAUGCCCAUGGUGAUGCAAUCAAUAGACUGAUAAACAUAAGCGAGACAACCAUUGCAUCGGGUGAUGAUGAAGGGUGCAUAAAGGUGUGGGAUACCAGACAGCGUUCUUGCUGCAACUCCUUUGAUGCUCAUCACGAUUACGUUUCUGAUAUGACUUUUGCUUCUGACGCCUCUAAACUCUUGUCGACAAGUGGAGAUGGGACUCUGUCUGUUUGCAGUCUUCGAAGAAAUAAAGUUCAAGCCCAGUCUGAGUUUUCUGAAGAAGAGUUACUCUCUGUUGUUAUCAUGAAGAAUGGUCGGAAAGUCAUAUGUGGGUCGCAAGCUGGAACUCUGUUACUGUAUUCAUGGGGGUGUUUCAAGGAUUGCAGUGAUCGCUUUAUUGAUCUCUCUCCAAACUCUAUAGAUGCAUUGGUGAAGCUUGAUGAAGAUAGGAUCAUUACUGGAUCUGAGAAUGGACUCAUCAGCCUGGUGGGCAUAUUACCAAACAGAAUUAUUCAGCCAAUUGCAGAGCACUCAGAAUAUCCUGUGGAGCGGCUUGCUUUUUCGCACGAUAGAAAGUUUCUUGGCAGCAUAGCACACGAUCAGAUGUUGAAGCUGUGGGAUUUGGAUGAUAUAUUGCAAACUUCUGGAAAAACUCCAACAAGUGAGGUUGCUGAGAAAGAUAGUGAUAGCGAUGAGAUGGAUGUGGAAACCAGUCCUCCAAAAAACAAAGGUACCAAGAGAAAAGGCGCAAGCAUAGGAAACGAGUUAAGCAGUUCAAACAGUUUUUUUGCUGAUUUGUAGGUGGAUGAUGCCAUACAUCUUUUCUGAUUCAUCGCAAAGUUGGACUAAAAGUUUGUUUCCAAUAGAUUUCUUUCUGAAUCCUAUCAUGUGGCCUGCCUUACUAUCCUGAUGGCAGUGCAGUAUUUAUUUUUGGUGCAUAUAUUUUUUUUUAUUAAAUGACAUCAUCUUGGCCAAAGGCGCUGUGCUUGAUAGUAAGAAUUUGGGGAUGAGGGAAAACUUAGUUUGAUCUCUAUUCUACAAUGCAUUAGGAUCUUUCUUA